AUGCAUAAGAUCAAGUGUGCGGCAGGUUGCUUGCGGAUCCUUCAUCGGCUUGACAAACUCGACGAAGCUGCUCGGAUCGCUAGAGAGGUCACGGAUUUCCUGGCCGUCCUCAACCCGCGGUGGCUCGGUCACAGAGACAGCACCUUUCUCAUGUCGGUCUUCAACGGCGUGCCUUCCGAUGCAUUUGCAGUCAUGCUACAGCAUGAUCCGACGAAACCACAUCUGGCGCUCCAGUGUCUGGAGGGUGGCCGGGCCGUUGUCCUCGGUCGGAGAACUGACGGAGAGGACGGGACUAAAGGGUUAAAAGACCUGCGACCAGAGCUCGCGGAAGAAUUUAGACAGCUCACCGGAGUGCUCAGGAGCCCUACAUACGAGGCCACGAAUAGUCUGCCCAAGAAUGUUGUCAACGAGCCAACACCAGACAAUGAUUCGAGGGGGCGAAACAAGCCCUUGCAAGACUACCUGUCCUGUCUUGCUACAAUUCGCGCCACCAAAGGGUUCGAGGACUUUCUUCUCGGUCCUUCUGAACAGGAGUUGAUGGCCUGUGCGACUGAGGGGCCUAUCUUCUUCGUCAACAGCUCGCAUCUCAGGAGUGACGCUGUUAUUGUAUCUCGCAAUAGGAUCAAAACUCUUCAGCUUCCUGAACUCUGCGGAGAAGAGAUUCUUAAGUGGUCCAAGAAGACGGCCUGGUCGGGCAGUCCCAACGACGAUCAGGCGCUCAUCAACAUGGAACUCCGGAGCUACUUGACAUGGAUAUGGAAAGUCUGCGUGAAACCGAUUUUAGAGGAGGCAGGGAUAUUGAACUGUCAAUGCCCCCAAAAACUUCCGCGAGUAUGGUGGAUCAGAAGCGGCCUGGCGUCAUCCAUGCCGCUCCACGCUGCGACUGAAAAUUUCAAGGAAAGUUCGAGGAACAACGUUUACUCACGCACCAUAUCCUCAUACGUGCCAAGUCUGCAGCUCCUACGCGCCUCUCGAGACCGUAUACUCGACGUCCAGACACAGUCGGCCUCCUCUCCCGACGAGGAUAGGAGGCGACGACCGGGAAACCUCCUGCUUGCCACCAUGGCCACCACGCCGGGGUUUGGAGACCUCGAUGUUAAGGCAGAAAUAGGCGCCGUCCGCGCAGCCGCGCAUAAUAGGUUUGAGCUCAAUUUGAUCAAGCAACCGUCCGCAGGCAAAGUCACCGCAGCCAUAGAAGACUGCGGCAUCUUCCACGUCUCCUGCCACGGCGAACCAUCGCGUCUGGACCCUUUGAUGAGCCACCUUGUUUUCGAGAAGACGGUAGAAUCUGGCAUCCGUGUUCAAGAUUUUCUCUCGAUACAGCACGUCUUCCAAUUGAAGCUUCGGCAUGCCUUCAUAGCCGUCCUCUCGGCCUGCUCCACAGCACGGAACGAAGUCGAUCCGCUGCAGGACGAGGCCCUUCACCUAGCCAGCGGGUUCCAGGCAGCCGGGUUCCCGCACGUUGUGGCAUGCCUCUGGCCCUCGAUGAAUGAUGAUUGCGUGUCGAUCACGGGUUGGUUCUACACCUCGCUUUUUGGGCCCGGGGAGGAGAACAUGCUCGACAGCAGGAGGAUAGCUGAAGCCAUGCGGGAGAGCGUGGUGACGCUCAGGAGUCAGAAGCGGAAGCGGCCGCUGGAGUGGGCGCAGUUCGCUCACUUUGGCGCAUGA